UUUACCUCUUCCUGCACCGUGCUAUUCAUUUAUCUAAUUAUGUUAGUUUAUUUUGAUUGUAUUGUUUGAACUGUGCAAAAUAAAUAAACUAAACUAAACUAAACUAAACAGCACCAGCUAUAUUCAAGUCCAGUCCAGUCUUUCACGUCCAACGGAUUCAUGAUGAGCAGCGCCCUCUGCUGGUAGGAGCCAGUAACUACAGGAGCACGUUUGUAAAAAUGUUUGUUUUGUUUACAGAUUCACUUAAACAUGGCCGCCCUAGCAACCACACGAUGCGCUGAUAAACAUGGCUCGGUAGCUAUCACAGAGAUAUCCAAUGCAUUUGGUCUCAAAUUGACAUGUAGUCGACAACAUUUCACUCAUCUCAGAUGUUUAACGUGUUCAAGGACACCAGGAGAUAUGGCGUAAUGUUAACCAAUGCUAGCUAACGUUAGCUAGCUACAGGAGAUCUAUCUAACGUAGUCCGAUGUGAGCUUGUCGUGUCUUUACUGUGUACUGUUUGUGUGGUAUUUUGUAAGAGCACAUUUUGCCCCUGGUAGUAAAACUAGCAUUGUGUGUGACUUUGUUGCCCGCUCCUCGUGGUGCGGUUCCCUGAUGUACGAGCUUCCAUUAUCGGACGCUGCGUUGAUCCAGAAUGCAUUGAAUUUACACCCCUGCAGUCGCUGCUAUGCAGUGCACUGCGAUCAGCUGUUGUGUCUUGCUUUCCCUGAAUGAACGUGAGCAGGGAGAGGGAGACUCCAUCCGUGUCCAGCAGCUCUGCUCAUCUUCUGCUGUCGGCAGUGACAGCGUGGAUCAGAGGCUCGUCACGCAGAGAGCUGCUCACUUUCUCAGGGAAGCCGAGAAAACCCGGAGGCAGAUUGAAAAGUUGGAGAAAGAGAGGACGUUGAGUGUUCAGUGCAGAAAGAACGGCUGGACAGAUGUGACUGGAGAACUGGAAGUGUACGAAAAAGUGCUGGAAGAAGAAAGAAAUGCUGAGAAGAUGAACCUUCAAAGGCAGCUAGUGAAGAUUCAUAAUGGUGUGAGGAAGUUUCAGAGACAGCUAGUAGAUGUGAAGCCAACUCCCGAGUUGAUUGAAAGACUGAAGGAAAUAAUGUCAGAGGUGGAAAUCUCAAUUAACUCCCUAAAAGAGGAAGAGCGCUCAUGCUUUGCGGAACUUCUGAAGGAGGAGAGGACAUGCAGACAGGAGAUUGCUGCUUAUGAGAAGAAGAUUGAAAACGUGAACGUUUCUGUCAAAUCAGACCCCAAACUACACACGGCUCCCACCGUGAAGACCAAACCCCCAGACAGAGACCUCCCUGCAGAGGUCCGAGCACUGGAGUCUUUCCUGCUGAAGACAGGAGGCGCUUGUGGUGGCUGGGACCAAUAUGACCACCAAGCCUUCCUAAAAGUUUGGACAAAGCACAGUGGGCAAGCAGCCUACAGGAAAGAGGCAAAGCUGUACUUGCCUGGUAAAACACUGGAGGAGAUCGAUCAACACGAGGACUGGCGUCAGGAGCUGAUCUACCUGCAGGACAAAAAGAGAGAGGCUAUUCAACGGUGGAAAGCCAGCAAGCAUCGGGAACGCCAGACCAGAAUACAGAGUCAGGAGGAGAAGGAGGAGGCAGGAAGGAGGGAGAAGGAGGCCAAGAGCCAGGCCCACCAACACAGGACUGAGGAGGAGAGGAGGGAGGCAGUGCGACGACUGGAGGAAUGGAAGGAAGAGAAGAGGAGGAAUAAGGAACAGGAGGAGGAGCAGAGGCUGGCUGAGGAGAUACAAAAAAGGAGGCGGGCAAUGGAAGAGCGGCGCCGGCAGCUGGAAGUGAAGCUGACAGUUGAGGAGCAGCUACGACUGAGGAGAGAGGAGGAGGAAGAAAAGGAGAGGAGGGGGAAAGAGGAGGAGCAGAGGGAGAUGGACGAGAGGAGAAGGGAGGCAGCAAAGGUCAUCAAACGAUUUAAUGAAAGGGAUCUUCACAAGUUGGAGGCAAAGCUUCAGGAGAAACAGCUGAGGGUAAAAGAAGAAGAGGAGAGACAGAGGAGGAUCACUGCUAAGUUAAAGGAGAAGGUGGAUGGUCACGUCAGCAGAGACCCCUCCAGGCUCACCCGUCCCACUAAGGGAUGGGAGGAGCGAUUGAAACACAUUGGAUCUUCAGGAGGAGGGCCUGUGCUGCAGAUGUUUCACAGAGCUGUUCCAACUUGGAGACAAGACCUGUGAUGAGCAACAAUGAAAGUCAACCAAGCAGUCCUAAAAUGCAUUGAGAAUUCAGUUUUCUGUUUUUAUAGAAAUGUGAUAAAGUGAAAAUGUACGCAAUAAAAAAACAGAUUCUGCCUUUCUUUGAAUCUACUAUGUGCUGCUAUGAAUUAUAUUAACUUACAUUUGACAAAACUGGUA